AUGCUGAAUGGCGUCACGCUGCACAUGGAUGACGUCCCGCAGCUGCUCAUGUCGGAUUACCGGCAGGCCCACAGGCUCCUGUUCGACGAGCUCCUGUUCGGCGCGGACGACAUUGCGGCAGUUGAGUCCUGGCGGGUGCACGACGACCUCGAUCUCGAUGAGUACGGCGGCUCGUGGCUGACCGACAAAAGGAACACGGAGGUCCUGCCCGGCGUGCAGGACGCUCUGCUGCGGCAGAUCCAGAGUCGCGCCGGUUUGCGGCAGGUGUUAGUACGAGACGGCCCGACAGGGCAGAAGGUUCUGUGCCGCAAGGCCAUCGCCAUUUACGAGUCCCACGUCCAGGAGUUCCUCCAGCGGCUGGUCACGCUCAUCCACGUGUCGCCCUGUCCGCCGUUACGAGCACCCGAGCUGCUGUCGGUGCUGUACGCAAACACGGGAAGGCGCCGGAACAUCUACGUGUGGGAAAAGAGCGUCAUGCUGCACGUCCGCUACCACAAGAGCCAGGACAUGACGGAGAAGCCGGCCGACAACAUCCGCUUCCUGCCCCGCGCGGUGGGGGAUCUGCUUCUCACGUAUCUCGCUGUCGUCCAGCCUCUGCGGCAGACGUUCCUGCGCCAGAGCAAGCCCGGGGCGUUGCUGUCUCCGUACCUCGGGGCUACGUUGGGCGGCGAGGUCUGGUCAGACGAGAGGGUGGUGGCCUGCCUGAAAAGGGCCCACGCGCGGGCGGAGACGCCGAGGCUCACCGUGGCCUGGUGGCGACAGGCGGCCGCCUCCAUCACGAAGGCCAAGCUGAGCCCUAGCCAGCGAGCCAACUUCAAUAUACACGACAUGGAGGGCCCAGAGGAGAUCGAGGAGGAGUUCGACAUGGUCACGCUGGCCGUGGCGAGCAACCAUUCAGUCGGCACCUUCAACUCCGCCUAUGCCGGCACGACCACCUUGGUCAUGAACAUGCCGCUCAACCGCGCGUACCGGGCGUCGGAGAUAUGGCGCAACCUAUUUGGGGUCGACCAGGCCCUCCGGGGGAAGCGCCCUCGGGUACCCGCGGGCGAUGAUGAUCCUUACGCCCGUGGCGGCAUCUUGAACGCGUGCAAGAAAGUCCAGCUCCGUAAGCGCCCGGCGCUGAAACGGGGUGGUCUCGUCGCCGUGGCUCGCCGGCUGUACAACGAUCCGGCGUUGCAGCUACGCCGGCCGGGCCAGAAAAAGGCGAUGCUCGCCGUAUUAGGCCCCCGACCAGCGGAACAGGUCGUCGUGGGCCUCGGGACCGGGUCCGGCAAGUCGCUGCUCUUCAUGGUCGCAGCCGCGAUGGACGGUGCCGGCACGACCGUGCUUGUGUUGCCAGCAGUCUCUCUGCGCACGAACAUGCUCGAUCGCCUGCGCAAGGCAGGCGUUCGGUACUGUGAAUGGCACCCCGGGUCAUCCAGCAAAGCGGCGCCGCUCGUCAUCGUUUCUGCCGAGGCAGCCUGCACGGAGCGGUUUGUAGAGUACGUCGGCCUGCUGAACAGUAGGCAGCAAUUAGAUCGCAUCGUCGUCGACGAAUGCCACCUCACGGUCACGGCGAGCAGCUACCGCCGUUCGAUGUCGCAACUAGGGUGGCACGUUCGGAGCGUUCCCACACAGACCGUGUGGCUGACCGCGACGCUGCCACCGGUAUUUGAGGAGCCCUUCUUCGAGCACAACAAGCUCGUGCGGCCGAUGAUUGUGCGCGAAUCCAUGGACAGGCCGAUCAUACGCUAUAUGGUGCGGUGCGAGCGUGGCCAGGGCACACUUGCCGCGCGGGCAGCCGACUGUGUCCGGGGCUUCUGGGGCCGGAAGGGUCUCGUACAAGGCGAGCGAGACAGGGUCGCCCUUUACUGCCAGACCAAAGAGCUGUGUUGCAACCUCUUCAACCACGUCCACCUCGUCAACCACGUCAACCACGUCAACCACGUCAACCACGUCAACCACGUCAACCACGUCAACCACGUCAACCACGUCAACCACGUCAACCACGUCANCGUCAACCACGUCAACCACGUCAACCACGUCAACCACGUCAACCACGUCAACCACGUCAACCACGUCAACCACGUCAACCACGUCAACCACGUCAGCCACGUCAACCACGUCAGCCACGUCAACCACGUCAACCACGUUAAUCACGUUAAUCACUUCAACUCCUACUACAACUUCAACUCCUACAACUUCAACUCCUGCUACAACUUCAACUCCUACUACAACUUCAACUCCUACUACAACUUCAACUCCUACCACAACUUCUCCUCCAACAUUUACAUGCGAUCCAUACGGCUUCCCAAUUGGGCCUUUCUUCCUCCAGUGUCGCAGAUCUUCCUCCUGCCGACUGAAAAGGCCGCGGACCUCCGAUUCUGCCUCGAAGGUCUCUAA